AUGGCUACGCCGACUGAUAAAUCUAAGCCCUACUUCCCUCUAGCAGGGGUCGCUGGCGAUGGCUGGUCGAAGAAAGACUCGGCAACCGCAACAUGCUUCUGCGGCAUCGUGCAGCUCGCAUUUCCCACCCAAAAGCCUGGCCUCGUCGGCACUUUUGUCUGCAAUUGUACUGACUGCCGCAAGAUCACGGCGUCUAUGUUCGCCACGAACUUCACCGUCCUAGACACAUAUCUCACCCACGUUCGCGGUCGCGACAAUCUAACAGCAUACGGUCAGUCGAACACUAUCUCAUCGGGAAAAUUGAUGACGAACUAUUUCUGCUCCACCUGCGGCACGCUUAUGUAUCGGGUCGGUGAAGCGUUCCCGGGAAAGAGUAUCCUACGUGUCGGUACGGUAGACGACUUCCAUCUACACGAGACAAAGCUGAAGCCGAGGCGUGAGAUCUAUGUCAAGGAUCGUGUUAGCUGGCUAAGUGCUGUGGAGGGGGUGGAGCAGUGUCUAGGAGGAGGCCAAGGAGUUAAACUAUAG